AUGACAAAGCCAGUGCUUGAAUUGCUACAUGAGGAUAUCAUUCCUAGUGUGGUGCAGAAUAUAAGAACUGCGGGUGCUUUGAGGGCAAAUGAUAUCGGUUUCCAUAAAACUUUGGACUCGAACCUCGCCACCAGGUCUCGAGAGCCGGAUUCUUCUGAGCUAGACAUCAAGAAUGAUACAGAGUUAGAGGGCUCAAACUGGAAAGUGAUAACAAAUACUUUAGACAUAUUGUUUGAGAGAGCUGAUGUUUUGUUUGACGAGAUAGAAAAUAAAGGAAGUAUUGAUAAUUCCAAAACUUUUACUUAUUUAGAGGAGUCAAACAAUGUGAUCAAGGAUGAAAGUAAGGUUAUUGGAAAAAAGAUGGAAAAACCACAGUUAGAGUUCCUGAUACCCGUUGAUAAUAGUGAAUUGAAUCCAUUUAAGCCUAAGCUUACCUCAAAGCCAAACGCAUUGAUUCCCUUCGAAGAGUCAGUCAAACUUGUUCAACCAGAAAAUUCAGAUGGGUCCGAUAUUGUGGAUCCUCCAUUUUACCCUCAUCCUUACGAAUAUGAAAUUGAUAAUCAACCAUACCGGAAUUCUAUUAUAUCUAAAUGUGACCCAAUUCCUUCAAAUCCCUGGGAAUCUACCAAUGCUAUAUGGAUAGAUCAACCUGAACAAAUUGACGAAUUGGUGAACGAAUUAAGCAAUCUGUCAGAAAUAGCCGUGGACCUUGAACAUCAUGACUAUAGAACAUAUUAUGGUUUGGUGUGCCUUAUGCAGAUUUCCACUAGAAAAAAGGAUUGGAUAAUUGAUACUCUAGCCUUAAGAGAUGAUUUGCAAAAGCUUAAUGUUGUUUUUACUAAUCCCCAGAUUGUGAAGGUUUUUCAUGGUGCCUUCAUGGAUAUCAUUUGGCUCCAAAGAGAUUUGGGCCUUUAUAUUGUUUCCUUGUUUGAUACUUACCAUGCAUCCAAGAAAUUGGGUUUUCCAAAGUUUUCGUUGGCAUAUUUGUUAGAGACAUUUGCCAAAUUCAAAACUUCAAAGAAAUACCAAUUAGCAGAUUGGAGAAUAAGGCCAUUAUCUACAUCAAUGUUGGCAUACGCAAGGUCUGAUACCCAUUUCUUGUUAAAUAUUUUCGAUCACUUGAAGAAUAAACUUAUAGACCAAGGUAAUGGGAAGAUGCAAAGUGUGUUACAUGAUUCACGUCUAGUAGCUAAAAGAAGAUUUGAGUACACCAAGUUUAGGCCCUUGAAGGGGACCAGUUUGGUGACUUGCCCUGUUAUGUCUUCUAACCCCCUUGAGCCUUUUCUACCAAUUGUUGUCCAGUACAAUAUUCCAUAUCAUAUCAAACCAGUUGUAGAGGUUUUAUACAACUGGAGAGAUAACUUGGCUAGGCAAUUUGAUGAGUCUGUAAGGUAUAUUAUGUCAAACCAAGCUUUGGCUUUGUUGGCAACAUUGUCUAGACCAGUUGAUCCCAAAAAAAUCUUGUCAAUUCCGACCUUUAUUACUGAUUUUAUCAGGAAGAAUGCCGAUGAAUUGGCUUUUUUGAUAAACAAUAUAUUGGAUCGCCUAGAAAACAGUGAUUGGGAAUUGCUGGAAGCAAUGAAACCUCAUACCUCCACUACAAAAUAUCCAAGCGAUAAUCAAAUUAACAAGACUACCCCGGAUUCCAUAAAGUUGCAGAACGAAAUAUUCGACAAUAUCUGGAACGAAAAUAAUCAACUUUUAAAGUCAUCUAAAUUAUUCAAUGAAGUUCAGGAACACAUUCUUAGUGUAAAGUUUUCAAAUGGCUUGGUAAGUAUUACUAUGGAUGAGGCUGUGAAGAGAGUUUCAGCAAAAAAUGAAGAGUUUAGAAAGAUUUAUGAUUUUAAGAAGCCUAAAAUACUUGAACCCCGGAUUCAGAGUAUGACUGACAUUGAAACCCCAACAGUACAGCCUGAGGUUGAAAUUCCCAAACAAUCUGUUGAUGAAUCCGCCGGUGAACAUAAAGAUGACAUCAUAACUCUCCGUAAACCUAAGAGAACCAAAACCAGAGGAUUUAAGAGACAGUCGGAUGAUGGAGAACCUGUUUUUGACUAUUCAGGAGCGGAUAACCUAAUGAAUUCAAAUAAAAAAUCUGAUAAUGCCAGGCACAAAAAGAAAAAAUUUGAUCCAUACUCAAAGACAAGUGUUGGACCGAGGGGUGCUAGAUCAGGUAACCGUGUUCAUGGAGGACGAUCAACCACGUUCAAAAACUGAGCCAUCUUUAAUAACAAUUUUAUAAAGAACUACUCGUUCUUUUCUAUAAUGACAAUAAAUAACCUAAGACUGAUUAAAUAUAAUUUUCCUGAACUCACUCUUCCGGUGGGACUAUCAAAAAUAGCUUAAAUAAUAUAGAAGAGGAUACU